UUCAAGGAGAAGAAAACCUCUAAAACCCCCAAAACACGCGCCACCCUCUCGCUCUGAUCGGUUAAGACCCUUCCUGUUCCGCGCAUAAGCUUCUUAUUUUGUUUUGGGUACAACUCUUCUCUAAGCUUCAACUUCUCUCUCUCUCUGUUAAAGGUUCUGAGCCGUAUCAGACUUGGUUCGUAGGAGCUUCCGAGUCGCCAUGGCCGAUUUCUAUACCUCGACUCACCGAGCCAGGUGGAUCUUCUCUCCCCAAGAGCUGGUUGACAAAUACAAAGCUGCUAACCAGAGAGCUAUUCAAACUUUGGAGAAGUAUGGAGCUACACUAAUGGAAGUAGAUGUUGAUGGAUCACUGUCUUACCCUGAGCCUCAAGUUAAAGAAAAUGCAGACAAGCAUUCUCGUUCAAAACCCCUUAAUAUUGAAGAAGAGCACUUUAUUCGAGUGUUCUAUGAGAAUAAACUCCAAGAAGUUUGUAACAACUUUCAUUUUCCUCAUAAAAUUCAGGCAACAGCUCUCAUAUAUUUCAAAAGGUUUUUUCUGCAAUGGUCAGUUAUGCAACAUCAUCCAAAAAACAUAAUGCUGACCUGUAUAUAUGCAGCAUGUAAGAUAGAAGAAAAUCAUGUAUCAGCAGAGGAGCUUGGUAAGGGGAUCUCACAGGAUCAUCAAAUGAUACUCAAUAAUGAGAUGAUAAUUUAUCAGAGUCUGGAUUUUGAUCUUAUUGUUUACGCACCAUAUCGAUCAGUUGAAGGCUUCAUUAAUGAUAUGGAGGAAUUUUGUGGAUCAGUGGAUGAUCAGCUUCAAGGGUUAAAGAAUUUGUAUGAAUCUGCAAAAAUGGAUGUUGAUAAGAUCAUGCUCACAGAUGCACCACUUCUAUUCCCUCCUGGACAGCUGGCAUUGGCUGCUUUGCGUAGUUCAAAUGGGGUGCAUAAAAUUGUAGACUUUGAGAGAUAUCUAACGAGAAUUCUCAGCCGUCAGAACACUGAACACACUAUUUCAGAGCUCAUUGAAUCUCUAAACGCGAUAGACUCUUGGGUAAAGAAAUACAAGUUUCCUUCAGAGAAGGAUCUGAAGCACAUCAAUCGGAAACUGAAGUCUUGUUGGGGUCUCAGCUCACAUGACGAUAGCAAAAAACGUGAGAAGAAAUCAAAGCACAAGUCAAAGAAGAGUUCAAUUGAGCAAACUUUACCUUCUCUAAACGAAUAGUUAACUGGCACUUGAUCUCACCCAGAAGUGGUUCCGCUGACCCGGAAAUAUUUUCAAGAAAGAAAAUGUUAUUUUAUGCAUGAAAGAUGUGAGAGUUCUGUGCUUUUUCUCUUCUGUUGUCUAUCUCUCGCUCUCACCUUGUUAUUACUUUUGAUCUUUACAUAUAUGUUCUCUACAUGUCAUGCCAUAUCUAACUUACCAUGAGAAAUUUUGCCGAGUUUUGAGAAUCAUUCUCAUAUUCAGUUAUCUAUUUAUUAUAAUCUCUUGUUUGUGCUA